GGCCUUCCUUCUCAACGGAGGUCAAAGAGGUCGUCUCUCUCCUUGCCUGUCUCCUUUCGAAUACCCCACACGACGGCAGAGCAUCGAGAGGGUCAAGUUUCGCAGAAAGCAGGCAGAUUUUUUUUUAAUUUUCAAUCUUGUCCUCUUUUCUGUCGAAAACAAACUGCAUGGAGGCGUACAACUUCAUUCUCGCGGCACUGUUAGGGGAGGUCCUCGUUUUUCUGAUCUGAGAUUUGCCUGUCGUCACCGUCCUUGUUCAAGAAACCGCAUUCUCUUCUCUCUCACCUGCUCUCCACUUCUCUUCCUCGAGUCGCGCUACUGUCUCGCACCUCCAACGCUGUCCGUCUUCAGUGUCUUUCCUGUUGGCUUCUCUUUUCUCUCUUCUCUUCUCCUUUUCUCCUUUCCGUCUCCUCCUCCGCUUCCCGUCUCGCGUUCUGCCCUGUUUUCUCGAUUCUCUCUUUUUUCUUUCCUUUCUUUCCUUUCUUUCCUUUCUUUCCUUUCUUUUCUUCCUUUCUUUUCUUCCUUUCUCUUCUUCCACGAUGGCGGGGGGCGACAGCCAUAGGAAGAAGAAGACGGGGAAGCAGCGUCUGGACAAGUUCUACCACCUGGCGAAGGAGCAAGGCUACCGCGCUCGUAGCGCCUUCAAGCUCCUUCAGCUCAGCCAGCGGUUCCGCCUCUUCGAGAAGAGCUGCGCGAGCGUCGUCGACCUCUGCGCCGCCCCAGGAGGCUGGCUUCAAGUCGCAGCGAAGCACUGCCCGGUCGCAACGACGAUCGUCGGCGUCGACCUGGUUCCGAUCUCCCCCAUUCGCGGCGUCCAAACGUUCACGGGAGACAUUACAACGCCUCAGUGCGCUGCGAAACUCCGGAAACUUGUCAAGUUCGGCGAGGUCGACCUGGUUCUCCACGAUGGUUCGCCCAACAUGGGGACGGACUGGAGCGUCGACGCGUUCAGUCAGAAUGUCCUUGUGCUCUGUGCUGCGAAGCUUGCAUGCCAGCUGCUGGCGGCCGGCGCGACGUUCGUCUCGAAGGUCUUUCGUUCCGCAGACUACGCGGCGCUUCUCUACGUCCUGCAGACGCUGUUCGAGCGCGUCGACGCGACCAAGCCGCAGGCCAGUCGCGCAGUCUCUGCCGAGAUCUUCGUGGUCUGCAGAGGCUUCCGGAAGCCGCCAGUCCUCGACGAGCGGCUCUUCGACCCAAAGCAUGUCUUCCUGCAAGGCAGCGACGACGGCGACGCGCCGGCGGCCGCCCAGAAGGCCGUUCGCCGGUCGGGUGGAGACGACGGCGCUGCCCAACGACUCGCGGAAGGGGACGAGGCGGACGACGGGGAAGCGGCGAAAGAGGAGGAAGAGGACGAAGAGAGGGAAGGAAUCUUCUUCGGGAGUCGAGGCGGCAGGAAGGGCCAGUUCGCCGAAUUGGUGCGAAGACGCCUGAAGCGACACCGGAACGGCGACUUGCUCGCAGGUCUCCGACGAGUGACUGUAGACGAGUUCUUCAGAAGCAAAGAUCCAACGACGCUGCUCGUGGAGCAAGCGAGAGAAAUCUUCUUCCAGACGCCCGCCGUCGCUCUCGAGGAGGCGGUGCGCAACCACCGCCUGACGACGCCGGAGACACUCGCCUGUCUCGCCGACGUCCAGGUGCUUGGAAAGGCCGAACUCGCUGCGCUGCUCAAGUGGAGAUUUCGAGUGAAGAAAGACGUCUUCCUCGCGCUCGGCCUCCGGACGCACGCGGCUGCAGAGAAGCCGCCCGCUGGCGCGAAUGACGACGGAGAAGAACGCGACCGAGACGAGGCCGACAGCGCGGAAAUCGACGAGGAACUGACGCGACUGCAUGCGUCCGUGACUCGCCGCGAGGCCAAACAGCAGAAGCGACAGGCGCAGAAGCAGAAGCAGCUGGAAAUGCGCAAGAAGCUCACUCGAGGCGCGUUUUUCGACGAAGCUGAGGGCCCUCUGGAUCCGGACCUCUUCCAGUUCGACCGGAAGGCGAUCGACCUUCUGGAGAAGAAAGAGGCAAAGAUGGUCGACGCAGAACUCCUCCUCACUGGCGGAGAAGACGACGACGGUAACCGGAGGGGACGACAUGCAGACGGCGGAGAAGGCGAGGCCGUCGUCGCAGGCUCUGAAAGCGAAGCGGAGGAGGAAGGAUCUCUCGAGGAACUAGACGAUGUCGACAGGAUGGAGGUCGAGCUCACCCUCGCGCACCGUCUGAAGAAGCAGAGAGAAGCAGAGGCGUUGGCUGCGGGGCCGAAGAAGAAGGAAACGAGGAGGGAAAAAGUUACAGGCGAAUGGGUGAAUGAACUGCAGGCCUUCCGCAGCGCAAUGCAGAGACGCGCUGGCGAGGCUCUGGCCGAGCGACGAAGAGCCGAGGAAGAAGAAGACGAUGAAGAAGAAAAUGAAGAGGACGCAGAGGAUGCCAGCAAAGAAGUCUUCGAAGACGAGGCGCCUGCGGGUCUGCGGAAGGCGACGGCAGCCGACCGGUGGUUUGGCCAGCCAAUCUUUGCGGGCUUGGAGAGUCCCGGAGUCCAGGACGAGAGCGACGCGGAAUGCAGUCCGAUCGGGCGGUCUGCGGGGGACGUCGCGAGUGACGAGCAGCGUCUCUCGGACUCGGAGGCAAGUUCCGGAGACGACGAAGUCGAGACGGAGGCGACGAGCGACGUGAUGCGCGAACUCGCAGACGAAGAGCUUCCCGCGGUGCCUCUCUCUGAAAAACAGAAGCAGAAGAAGAGGCGCGCAACGCAGGCCGAGAAGGAGAGAAACAGACAGCAGCGCCGGCAAGCGACAGAUGGAAUCGUCGGGCCAGACUUCGACGACGAUGACGAUAAAACCGGACUGCGGGGAAAGACACGAAUUGAGGAGGUGCCGCCCCCGCCGGCGUUCCAGCGGCCUACUGACCCGGAGGAAAUCGCUCACAUUCAGGCCCUCGGCUCUUUGAUGGUGCAGAAAUCUACGAGAAUGGAUCUGUUGGAUGGCGCCUACAAUCGCUAUGCUUUCAACGACGAUGCGCUUCCCGAAUGGUUUGCUGAGGAUGAAGAAGCUCACACGCGGCCCGAGUUGCCAGUGACGAAAGAGCUGAUGCGGGAGUAUCGACAGAAACUUCUAGAUAUCAGUCGACGACCCAUCCGAAAGGUCCGAGAGGCGCGCGCUCGAAAGAAAAUGCGAGAGCAACGGCGGCUGCAGAAAGUGAAGAGCCAAGUCGCCGCGGUCGCAGAGUCCACGGAGUUCACCGAAGCUUCAAAGGCUCGCGCCAUCGACAAGAUCGCACGAAAGGCGAGACACGCGGAAGAGAAGCGAGGCAAGGACUACGUGGUGACGCGGCGCGUAGGCGGCGGCAAGCUGGCGCAGAAGAAGGCCGGGAAGAAGGGCGGAGGAAACAACAGAGUGAAGCUGGUGGACCGGCGACUCAAGAAAGACAAACGAGCAAUGAAGGCGGCUAUGAAGAAGAAGGGAGGACAGAGAAGAGGCCUGAAGAAGAAGAGCCGAAAGUCGUGAGGCGGUCGCGUCUCUUGGGGAGCGCUUCAGGAACGCAAACGCAGAGACGCGUUUCGCGGCUUCGCGGUGUCCCUGGCGCUGGGCUCUCUCUGUUGCUCUCGCGUUUUUUUGAGCGCGUGCGAAACGCGUUCUCACAACAAGCCGGUCUCUUCCAAAAGCGCGAAAGCAACACUCUCCGUGUGUCUGAAUGCCUUUCUGUUGAUGUUUGCACUGACCUAUUACAGAUGUGCUCAAAGAGAUAUCGACAUAGUCACACACACUUUUCUAUCUCUAUUCUGAUUCCCCCUUUUCUACAGCUUUCUUUUUCUGUCGACAUGUACUUGUCAUCUCUACGUCCCUAUUCUCCGUCCGCAUCCAUAAACUUCUGUACAUCUAUACAGAUAUUUACAUAUACAUAUAGAUGUAUGUAUAUAUAUUUGUAGAUGAAUCGACAUCUGGCCAGCGAUGGAAUUGGAUCGCUUCCCGCAGGGAAAACUGUAGACUGCCAUGUGUGGGUCGUCGAGGGUGGACGUGGACGCCUGG